AUGGAAAACAGCCCAAACGCUCUUUUUCCAGCUUUCAAUUUGCUAUGGAGAGCUGCGUUAAAAGAUUACAGCAAAGAAGCAGUAAAAAACUCAAGAGGAAACUCUCGUCGAGCUGUACCAAAACAACAGCCAUCUUUGCAAGCUGUCCAAGCCAGCUAUCCCCAGCCACAGAAUCAAAUUAUUUUAAACAAUGACGAGUCAAACGAGCAAAACUCAAACGACGCGACGAACAAUGAAAGCGUUGUUGUGUGCACUUUAGAAUGUGACAAUGGUGCGAAAUUUGUGAGGCAAAUUAUCCAUGAAGGAACUCAACGGUCGGAGUGGUCAUGUGCCGAAGAUCUGUUCGUUGAUUGGCUGAGUUGUGAGCUGACAUCACAACAUGCUCAGAGAAUUGAUGUCACAAUCUACUUUUGUCAUGUCCCGGUGAAUACGUGCUCUCAUGGACUGUGUCUGUGGCUGCAAAAUCUACGCCAAGAGGGCAAGGAGGUGAACGUAAAAAUCAAGAUUGCCAGCAUGGGAUCACUUGUGUCUAGAUAUCUAGAAGGCGUUUCUAACGCUGCAGAUCGGCGACACUUUGACUACCAUGAGGUUGAAGAUACCGUCGGAGCGCUGAGGAAACUGGCCAACUUACAUGUUGUGGUUGAGCCUCUAUCUGCUGGAGACUGGACGAAACUGAUGACCUUGCUCACAGACCGGACAUCGUUAGAAGCUCUUGACCUUCAACAGACUCCCAGCGCUGAGAGUUUUGCCAAAAUCCUUCAGAAUACUUUGUGA